CCUUAUCUUUCACUCUACAUACCGUUCUGGCCUUCCCGCCCAGCUGCAGCCACCUCCCGUCCGACAACCGGCUGACUAAUCACCACCUGCCUCAUCAGCUCUCCCCAGCUUCCCGCCGCCCAGCUUCCCGCAGAGGGUAAGUCAGACAAGUGGUGCCAAAACCCGGGAGCUGGGGCCGUUGGCCCGGCCACGGCCCUCUCCCCUGACCUACCCAACACUGGCCCUGCCACCUCCAUGCUCCGAUUAAGAAAGAUCCUGUCACCAAUCUGUCUCAACAGUUAACAUGGACGGUCCUCCCUCAAGGCUUCCGGGACAGCCCCCACCUGUUCAGCCAGGCCCUGGCGACAGACCUGCAGCAAUGUAACAUCUCCCCUUCUUCCUUACUCCAGCUGGAUCAAAGCUUUCCCCACAGCUUAUAAAACCGCAGGAGUUGUAGCUGAGCACCUCAUCCGGGACAUCAUUCCCCGAUUCGGCCUUCCUUCUACCAUCCAGUCAGACAAUGAACCUGCCUUUAUUUCUAAGAUCACCACUGCUGUUUCCACAUCCUUAGGGAUUCAGUGGAAACUGCAUGCAGCCUACCAUCCCCAAUCCUCGGGCCGCCAUCGACAAUUCUGCAGAAUCUUUAGCCUCUCUCCAAAGACAGAUCACCUCAGUGGCUCAAGUCGCCCUACAAAAUCACCGGGCGUUAGACCUCCUCACUGCCGAGCGAGGAAGAACCUGCAUCUUCCUACAAGAAGAGUGCUGCUACUACAUUAAUGAAUCCGGCCUAGUAGAAACCCGAAUCGAGAACCUCCAGAAACUUAAAGUUAACCUGCCGAAUCAAAAAUUCUCAGCUGAAGCCACAGCAUAUUCCUACAAUGGUGCUUUCAAGAACUAGCUCGAGUCACCAUCCACCAAAUGCUGCUCCAACCUUACCCCGAACAAGUGCUGGAAGCAGACCUCUCCCGGAACAUCCAGGCUCCUUAAGAAAAGAAACCUCUUCAAAACCCCCCGUCGAUCCUUGUCAGCAGGAAGUCGCCAGAGAGACAACCGACGCCCCUGUCCCCCCUCUCUUUUCUUUUCUUUAAGGAGUCGGGAAUGUUUGGAAAACUCUGUCCCUGUCAUGAAAGCUCUCCCCCCACACACACAAAGAGGCUCCCUUAUCUUUCACUCUACAUACCGUCCUGGCCUUCCCGUCCAGCUGCAGCCACCUCCUGUCUGACAACCGGCUGACCAAUCACCACCUGCCUCAUCAGCUCUCCCCAGCUUCCCGCCGCCCAGCUUCCCACUGCCCGGCUUCCCCGCCCGGCAGUUUAAACUGGCCAACCGUUGCCCGCCACCUCGGCUCUCCCGGCCUUCCCACUCCCUUGGCCCUUCAGCCCCCUAUAAAAGAACCCUGCUCCUCUGAGCACGCACGGCCAUUUUCCUUUUCUUCCCGGCUGGCCCGCCCGGAGGCUCUUUCCUCUCAAUAAAGCCUGAACUUAAGACUU